GGCAUGGAGCGGCUGUUCGCGCUGGAGCUGCUGGUGGAGGUGCUGCGGGUGGCGGAGCCGGGCCCCGCGGAGCUCCCGGGGCCCGCGGAACACCCGGCCGUGGCGCUGCGCCUCUUGGACUUCCCCACUCUCGUGCUGCGCCCCGCCGCCGCCGCGCCGCCCCUGCGGCCGGGACAGCCCUUCCCCUUCGGCCGCGGCAAGCGCUGCCUGUUCCGCUGGCGCCCGGACUCUCUUUUUGCCGCGCUCCGCCGCCGCCCGCUCCGCACCCUGCUCCUGGCGCUGCCCGCCGGGCUCGCCCCGGCACCGCCCCGCCUCCUCGGCAGCUGCGCCGUGUCCUUGGCCCCCGCCGCCGAGGUUCUGCAGCGGCCCGGGGCGCCCUCCUCCUGCGGCCGCCGCGGCCGUUUCGCGCUGCGGGACACUGCGGGCCGCCCCGUCGGGGAGCUGGUCCUGCGCUACCGCCUCAGCUGCCUGGAGGCCGGUGAGGCGCGUCCCGCCAGCCCCCGUGCUGUCACACCGCCUGCCACCACCCCGGAACCGCGAGACGAGGAGGAGGAGAAGGUGGAGGAGAAGGUGGAGGAGGAGGGUGAGCAGCUGGAAGACAAUGUCUUUUGCCCUCCACUGCUCUAUUACAGCCGUGAGCCGGCUGAGCCUCAGCGGCCGCCAGCAACAAUAGGGCGAUGGGAGCAUGUGGAGCCCCAGAGACCGCAGGAGAAGGACAAGGGCCAUAGCCCACCGCGUCCCAGUGCUGGGCCCUCUCUGCUUCACCCCGCCAGCCCUCGAGAGCCCCAGAACACCCCGGUGCAGCUGCCACUGCUCAGUGCCUUGCUGGCAGAGCUGUCGGUGCUCACCCGCAGCCCUCUGCCUGCUGCUGCUGUGCACCCCCACCUUGCCUGGCUCUACCAGGCCCCAGGGAGUGGGGACACGGCCUCACAGCCUCCGAGUCACUCUGCUGCCCUGAGGCCUGCAGAGACACCUGUGGGGCCUGGCAGGAGCAGUGAAGUCCCAAGCCCUCCGUUCAAACAAGGCUAUCAAAAGGCCACCUCCCCAGAGUCUUCUGCAGCUGGGAGAAGACCCAAGAAAGCUGUGCCUGAGGGACAGCCAGCUUGUGAAAGGAGCUGCAAAGCUAAGGAGAACAAACCUCCCAGAAAGAAAUUGUUGUAUGGGCUGACAAAUACACUGAGGCUACGGCUGCAGCAGACCAACCCGGAUAAGCUGAUAAUUCAUGAAAGGAGGGAGCAGUACAGGAAAAAGCAAAUGGAGAUGCUGAAAGGGAGAAGCCCCUUACCCAAGAGAAAACUGGUCAGAAACACUGAAGAACAGCAUGUGGUGUCUUGCAGGCAUUGUAGCACAGGGGGAAGUUCAAAGCGGAAUAAUCAGUUGGAUAAAAUUGUUCAGACUUCAUUAGAAAACAGUGCUCUCUCAGAGUCAGUUUCUGUGACAGGAGAUAAAUCCCCUGGCUUGCAGAAACAGUCUAUUGCAAGUCUAUCCAGGAAUGAUUCAAUAAUUACAGUCCCCUUACCAGAGGAAACUCUGUUAAAAUCAGCUCAUGAGGAAAAGUAUGCAAAAGCUCAACUCCCAGCAGCAUUCCCAUCAGAUGCUAAUGCAAAAGGAAGUUACAAUGAUGCAAUAAACUUAAUCCAUCAUAAAACCAUGGAGCAUGAUGAUAUGUCUGUUGUAAGUGGUCAUAAACUAAGCCUCAGCAGAAGUGUUGAAAACAACUCUGAAUUCAUAUACUCUGAUGACUUUGUUGCUAGUCCAGAGAACACAGUUUGUUCAGAAGAUUUCACCAAUGCUGAGAGUACAGGCAGAGACUCGAAAGUUUGUGACAGCAGUCCUGAACCUCAGUGGCUUGAAAGACCAAAGCAAGAUAGGUCAGAUACAGAAUCCAGCAGGUCCAGAAUGUCAAAGACAAGUCAAAGAGCUCAAAGUAUUUCAGAUCUUGUGCCAGUUCCUUCAGCUUCAUCUCCAGUCCAGUCUUUGAGGAGAAACUGUGACUUUAAAACCAGCAUGGGAACUAGUGCUGAAUCUGCUGAUUCACUUGAACUUGCUGAGAUGGAGGCAUCAUUAUUAGAAGAUGAAGAGCAGAAAGCCCAACAGAUGAGUAAGGAAGAGAACAGGGAACAGAUGAGUAAGGAAGAGAACAGGGGUGAUCAACAUAUUAAAGAAAUAUCUACACUGAGAAGCAAACAACUUAAAUCUGACACUGAUCUGAAUACAGGAAAGGGGAAGACCUCUACAGGACAAAAGCAGUCACUAACUCAAGUUAGAAGCUCUUACUUGCCACCUAACAUGUCUGAUCUUGAACUUAGUGUUCUGGAAAACAGUAGGUCAGACAAAGAAGAUGAUUUUCUGGAAAAACUACAUGGCCCUAAUCAGUACAAAGACAUUAGUGAACUUGUAAUAAACAAACUCCCAGGAUACACAAUGUAAUUAUAAGUUUUCACUGUCUGGAUUAAGAUACAAUAUUUGAACUUUGUAAAUCCUGUUACAUUAAGUUAUACUAAAUUUAAGAUUUUAUCAUGAACAUUUAUUAUAUCAGUGAAUUUAGUUACGAGAUUUUUAAAAUAAAUUACUGUUUGAAUCUCUAACAAAUGGUGUCUACAACCUGACUUCAGUGUCAGUAUUUAACACAAAAGUAAUCCAAAGAGCACAUGAAACUGUGCUUAUUUCAAAGCAGAAAUGACAACAGAAGCAGCAAAAGCAGCCAGUACCCAUAAAAGUAGUCCAGGGUAGACAUCAUAUCAUGCUACCAGAACAGCCAAGUACAAAAUUCAUUUCUAACCAAACAGAAGGUUUUAUUCCUCCUGAAAAUUUCCAAGCUUCCUUUUCAUUAGAAAUAGUUACUUAGAAUAUAUAGUCACAGCCAGUAGCAUCACAGAAUUUUAUCAGCUAGUCAGUAUAGUGAUGUGUUUGUUUCCCUUUUCCAUUACUAAAUACAGUGACCAGAACUGGAUGAGCCCUUUUAGAGUUUGUUAGGUUGAAGUUUCAUUUAAGUCAGAUUUUCACAAUUUAUUAUUGAAUAGUGUAGGAAUUACUGGUGAUAGUAAAUCUGUAUAAUCUGGGCAAGCUUUAAGAGGUGGAUGGAAGUUACUUGACCUUGAAGACUUAAGGGUAUGCAAGGAGUAGGGAAGAGCAUAGUAAAUCUUCAACGCUUCACAACUCCCUGAUUGCAUUCUCUGACUCUAGGGAAAGAGGUGGGGUCAGCACCCACAGUCCAGAAACUUGGAACAAAUGAGCAUAUUAUGUCAUGAUGUAAAGAUGUGAGGUAAUGAGAAAUUUGCCAUGUCUCCUUUGCCAUUAAAAUAGUUGAACUGAUGUCUGCUUUUGAUUUCAGGUUUGCUUUUUAUGGCUUCCAGUUUGAUCAUUGAACUUAAUGUCUUCUGUUUAACUACAGAGGUUUUUCUAGAGUCCAUGUACUCAUCCUAAAUUUUAGAGGUAUUUUUUUACUUGAAUUCCUGCCUUAGUUUUUAGUCUCAUGUACCCCCCUUUCCUCCCCCUUUGAGUAGUUCAUCUCCUAUGUCAGCCUUACAGUGCUAACUAUCUCAUCAAUUAGGACAGUUAUCCUCAGGGUUAAAUACCAGAUUUAUCCACUCCCCUUUUCUUUAUAAUUUACAGUCUGACUUUUUUACACAACUUUUUCAUUUCUCACUGUAAUUUUCCAUGUACUUUAUUGCAAGAGCCUGUGUUUACACUUUAACAUCUUGGAGGAGCUUUUUACUUUCCCUUCUACUACGUGUUUAUUUUGUAGGAAUGACAACACCUCUCCUAUUUAAAGGAUGAACAUUUGUGAGGAUUAUUGGAGUAUCUAGUGUUGACUCCCUAAAAACCACUAGUUAUAUUUUUUAUCUAAAGGUAAGCAGCUGCAAUUACUUAUAUACCAAAGGAGUCUCUGUCCAGAGCAAUUCCUAAAUCUUAUUUAGGGUGUCUCAUCAGCUACAAUUUUAGAACAAUUUUUUUUUACCUUUUUCUUCCAAUGCCAUAUACUUCUUUGAUAUACAUGGAUUCUGACUGUCAUUUAUACAUGGCAGUUAUUCUGAUUUUAUUGAUAGAAUAAUGUCUUACACUUCUCAUGAGCAAAACUGUCAUUAAAAUAAAAUGCUGACCAAACAGUGUGGCUAUUUAAAUGAGUUGCUAAUGCUACAAGUGCACAAUUUGAAGAACAUUAUUUAAGAAAAUUUUAUUUCAAAAAUAAAAGUUUGUUUUCAACUCCAAGCAGGUUGAAACUCAAGGUCAAAUUUCCAGUCUUUUUUCUAUCCCCUAGUCUAUCUUCACUUUUCAAUUUCCAGAAACAAAUAUGGUAGGACAAUAUUUCUUUUGUUUAAAUAAUGAGGUUAAUAUCUUUUCAGCUAGUUUUAUUUUGAAUAACAUUUCUAAUGUUUACUGUGUAAUAGUAUUUAUAAUUUUAUCAGGAGAACAAUGAAAAUGACAAAAAAUGCAUACUAGGAAGACAAUAGAAGACAUUACACUAGAACAAAACUGCAGCAUCAUGCUUGCAUGGCUUAGCUUGUUUUUUUCUUUUCAAAUAUAUACUCCAGGUAGUGAUUAUUGCAUAGAGAGGUUAGCAGGUAGUUUCUGCCCCCAGGGAUAAUAGUCUUUUCAGAUAUUACUAUCUUGUUGUGAAAGUAAAUUCAUUUUUACUUAACAUUCAAACAGCAACUCAGUCAACAAAAAUGGGAAAGAACUUCAUUAUUGAAAACUCAUAAACCAUUAUCUUAGCAAGAAAUAGCUGCUAAUGACAAGAGGAUUUUAUGUCAACACAACAGAACAAAACAGAGCUAUUAAUUACCAAUAUAAAAUAUUUUUAAAAGGCUGCAGCAAAUUUCCUUUUGUACAAUUCCUGUAAUAAUCUACACCUACAUUAUACUAGCUAGCCAGUUUUGGUAUUAUAACUUGCAGCCUGUACCCCUGUUAUCAAGUAGUUAGGAUCAGAGGUUUAAUAAGAGAUGUUUCUAAUGGAGGUAUUACAGCAUUCUUUCAUCAUUUUUAAACUGUUAGGGCUGAAUUGCAUGGAUGAUGUUUUUGCAGGGGAUAUGACAAUAUGCUGGGAGAAACAUAUAAUAGUAGCAUAUACACUACAAUUCUUGCACAGCUGUCCCAGAAGUAACAUAAAUACUUAAAGAUACAUGGUCUCAUUGACUCAUUACAUCUAAAAAUUUCCUUGCUGCACACUUUUAAACAGGAAACUAUAGUUACUUCAAGUUUUAUGUUGUUGUAAACUUUAAACUUUACUACAGCAAAAUAAAAGGUGAGAAGUAAUUAUCUAAACCUAUAGAUCCUCACUAAACAAAGUCACCUAACUUCUUACUUUAGACUUGUUACUUUAACAAGAUUGCUUUAAAUCUGUAUGAUAUUUUAGAAAUAAGUUAGAUGGGUGUUCAAAAAAAUAGUUUCAUUGCUUAAGUUUAGGGUGCUUAAAUCUGCCCAAAUAAAUUUGAAUUUCAUGUUUUACAACAAGACAAGAAAUAAACACUUAGAUCUACACAUUAAUUCAGAUUUUAUGACUGUUGCUGUAACUGGUUUUUAAACAGUUAUUUCAGCAUACUAUUUACUAAAGUAAAUCUAGAUAGCCACUACUAUGUAACUGAUAAUGCGAUGGGAAGAGCAGGAUACUAAAUACUGAUAGCUUCUGGCACUCUUCCCCUUCUAUUGUAAUAUUUUCCUGCUACUACUAGUAUUUCUUACAAAUCUUAUUACUUGGUGGCCAAGAACAGUGCUAAGAAAUCACAGCCAGGGAGGUUUCCUCCACUUCAUUUUUUUUAUUCCUCAUCACUUCUGAUUAGAUUACACAGUUUCUUCUCUGUGAUUUCUCUGAUGACACUAUUUUACUACUUGUAACCCCUUCAUCAUUUUGGAAAUCCUUUUCCUCAGUUCUCUGAAAUUCCAUCCAGCCUUGGUAACAGUACAAUUGAACUUUUGACUUGUUCUUACUACUUGCAUUUUUCUAGGCCCCAGUAUUUUGUGAUGCCUGGUAUUGUAAUAAUUUUCUUUCUCUUGGUCUAAGUGCUGCUCAGUCAUUAUUUAAUGUUAGUCAUUAUUUAGAAAUCUUUAUAACUUUGCUUUCCUUUUCUCAGCAUUUGUCUUCAGCAUUUACUACUUGCUUGUCUUUGAUUGUCUAAAAAGAAGUCAAAUAAUUGAACCCUCUAUUUAGACCUUUAAAAAGUUUCAUUUAAAGACUUCUACAUGCAGGAUCUUCACCAGCGGCUGUGUAACACCACUCAUUCAGAGCUGUAGAAUGCCUAUUUAGGACUGUGAACAUUUGCCCAUAGUUAUCAUUUGCCAUGGUAAACAUCAGGCUUCUCUACCC